AUGAAGAAACCUCAACCGUUACACACAAAGACGGUCGCGGUCGUGGGCACGGGCAUGGCCGGUCUAGCAACUGCCCAUUUGUUACACCAAGACCCUCAGAAGCGCUAUCAGGUUACUCUAAUCGAGAAGAGAGACCAAAUAUCGUUGAGCGCGGAGUCAGUUCAGAUUCCUUCGCAAGACCCUAACGGCCCAGCUGUAUGGGCUGACGUGCCUAUGCGCGCCUUUGCCGGUGGCUUCUACCAGAACCUGGUCCGAAUGUAUGAUUACUUGGGAGUCAAGUACCACGAGCAGCCAUUUCUUUUCAGCUUCACGAGGUUGCCGAAACGACAACAGUCCUCGCCAACUACCUCUUGUAUUCCUGGCCCGCAGAUGGUCUAUGCGUCGAAUUUUCACCAGAUCCCACCCAUUCCACGCACAUCGGACCUGAUUCAUUGGUGCGUGGAAGCUGUCUAUGCAGUUAUGUGUUACCUGUGGUUUACGUUCUGCUGCUUCUUCAUCUCCCCCUAUUCUGAGAAUCUCCAGAGUGGGCAACUGAGCGAGUCAUUUGACCACUACCUACGGCGGAUGUGGAUUCCACAGUACUAUGUGGCCAACUAUCUUCUUCCUCUGAUUUCGAGCGUCUGUACCUGUUCGCAUCAGGAGCUGUUGAAUUUCCCAGCCUCCGACGUUCUAGAAUAUAAGCGCCGCACGCACCGCCAGCAGCACUUUGUGGUGAGUGCGGGUGUUCAGUGUGUCCAGCCGAAGCUUCUAGAAGGCGUCGAGUUGCGGCUUGGCGUGAACUUAACGCAUGUGAUCCCGCAAGAAAACGGAGUCCAGAUCAAGUACUCGACCGAUGAUGGGAAACACUCUUCGGAGCACUUUGAUCUAGUUGUUCUGGCCGUUUCACCAGAUGUCGCUGCAUUAUUGUUCCCCCCGGUGAAUUCGUCUCUAUCUGCCAUCCCGACGACUAAUGUAGAGACGGUCGCGCACACCGAUGAGUCGACUAUUCAGCCGAUGCUGCGUGCGACAGCGACUCCAAACUCGAUCAAAUGCGCCAAGGAAUCGCGAGGUUCUUACAAUAUCGGGACGCAACGUAUUCACUUGCUAUCGAAUGGCACCAUUACUGAAGCCGUUCAUGAGCAAUCGAAUUCCAUUCUUGUCACGACGAACCCGCUCUUCCCAGUGGACAAAUCAAAGGUCAUUCGCUCCGCAAGCUUUGUGCGCGUGUUGCGAAGCCCGCUUAGCCGCCUCCUUGUCAAUUCUAUCUUCCAAGGACGUGGAGAACAGAAGAUCUUGUCAAAGUCCAGCACCGCCGUGAAUUCGUGGCGAAACGGAGACAACGGUGUCUACUUGGCAGGUGGAUGGUGCUGGGAUGGAAUGGUCCUUCUCGAAGGCUGCAUCGUUUCUGCCAUGAGAGUUGCCACAGAUCUCGGCGUGUCAGUCCCCUGGGAUGAUAUUUCAGCAUGA